ACUGAGUGGCUGUUUUAUAACUGGGAUCCUCGGUGACGUAUGGUCGCCUGCUCCUUGGCAGCUGUCUUUAUGGACCAGUAGGCAGAGCGAAAUUGACGCUGACAAGACUUUUGCAUCUUAGAAGGCACUGUAAUCUACUGUAGUGAAGAACAGAGCCUCUCAAUCAGGCGGGUGUAAAUAAGAGAGACAGAGGGGAGUCCAAAAGAAAAGAAAGAGGAGGGGGAAAGUGUGUGUUGUGGGGAAGCAGGGAAAAGCAUUUUUGGUGGAUGGUAUGAAGCCAGCCAUGGAAACUGCAGCCGAGGAAAAUACUGAACAAAGCCAAGAGAGAAAAGUGAACAGCAGAGCUGAAAUGGAAAUUGGCAGGUACCACUGGAUGUACCCAGGCUCAAAGAACCAUCAGUACCGUCCUGUGCCAACCCUGGGGGACAGGGCUGGCCCCUUGAGCAGUCCAGGUUGCUUCGAAUGCUGCAUCAAGUGUCUGGGAGGAGUUCCCUAUGCCUCCCUGGUGGCCACCAUCCUAUGUUUCUCUGGAGUCGCCUUGUUCUGUGGCUGUGGGCAUGUGGCUCUUGCAGGCACCGUGGCAAUUCUGGAGCAACACUUCUCCACCAACACCAGUGACCAUGCCUUGCUGAGUGAAGUGAUCCAACUGAUGCAGUAUGUCAUCUAUGGAAUCGCAUCCUUUUUCUUCCUAUAUGGCAUCAUUCUGCUGGCAGAAGGCUUCUACACCACAAGUGCAGUGAAAGAGCUGCACGGUGAGUUUAAAACAACUGCCUGUGGCCGAUGCAUCAGUGGAAUGUUCGUGUUCCUCACCUAUGUGCUGGGUGUGGCCUGGCUGGGUGUGUUCGGCUUUUCUGCUGUGCCAGUGUUUAUGUUCUACAACAUCUGGUCAACCUGCGAAGUCAUCAAGUCCCCACAAAGCAAUGGAACCUCGGGUGUGGAGCAGAUCUGUGUGGAUGUCCGGCAAUACGGUAUCAUUCCUUGGAAUGCUUUCCCAGGCAAAAUCUGUGGCUCUGCCCUGGAGAACAUCUGCAACACGAAUGAGUUCUACAUGUCCUAUCACCUGUUCAUUGUGGCUUGUGCUGGAGCUGGUGCCACCGUCAUUGCCCUGAUCCACUUCCUCAUGAUACUGUCUUCUAACUGGGCUUACUUAAAGGAUGCAAGCAAAAUGCAGGCUUACCAGGAUAUCAAAGCAAAGGAAGAACAGGAACUGCAAGAUAUCCAGUCUCGGUCAAAAGAACAACUCAAUUCUUACACUUAAAAGUGUUUGCCAGAGCGUGUCAGCCGACGAAUUUACAGCUCUGACACAUCAUCAGACAGCUGCUCUGCAGUACAGAUGUGUAUCCCACCAAACUAAUGUAGAUGUACCAACAUUUCACUGUCUGUCUCAAGCUGCUGGGGUGGAUCUCUAGGAAAACCUUCCAGUGGGUAAAUCAUUUUCUUUAGAACAAAUAUUGGAGGUUUCACAUUAGCCAUUUUAAAAGGCAACACUUUGACAGAAUGACCAUUAUUCAUCCUUUGGAAAAUCGUGGCAUGAGCAGUUAACUGCUAGAGCAGUUCUAACACAUCAUGUUCCUUAAUGGGGACCUAUGGCAUGCCAGCAUCAAAGGAUAUGGCCCUAGAUUUACAUGUGCCACCUGUCCUCAAGUAUUAUCAAAAUAGAAUUGGUGUGAAGUUCAUUUUUUAUAGCUGACCUUUAUUAACCUUUGGCUCAUCAAAGAUGUGAUUCUUCCAAACUUAAAAUUUUAUCAGCACCCCCACGGUCUCACACAUUCAUUUCCCAAGCCACUCAGAAACUUAUCUUUUAGUAAUGGUAAAAUGAGCUGCAAUUAUGAUAAAUAUAUCAGUGCAGAAGCUGGAUUCCGACUGGAGCUCUGCAAAAUCAGCUUUAUAGUCGAUCACAUAGUAACAAUGGGAGUGAGGAUUUGGUGAUCACUAUUCUUGUUUAGAAACAAAUAUCAGCUCUGCCUUAAUAUUUGCUUUCAAUUUCUAACCAUUUAUAUUAUAACCAGAAACCCAAAUUUCCUUCAUAGAUUUUUUCCAUGAAUAUCUUUCUUAAGAAGUGUUACCUUGUUAAAAUGACCACCAUUCUAAAUCAUUUUUAAGUGGUCUGGACAGUGAGUUUACAGUUUCAUAUCAACGAUCUAAAAUCUAACUGCAAAUUGACCACAGACCUCCUACUUUUAUAGACUUUAAUACAUAAGUAAUUUAAAUUAGGGUUGAUAUUUGUUUUCCUAUCUAAAUCUUAAUUUCCUGGAAUAAUAAUGUUUGUUAUUCAGCAAGAAAACUGCUCGAGUUUAAGCCAUUUUCAAAAGAAACUUGCCUUCUAACUCAUUGUGUUCCAGAACAUUAAGUGACUAAUAGGUACUGGGUAUUAGUGAUGGUAAGUUUUGUGUUGUUCUCUCUGGAAUGAUCCAUAUAACUGUGGGGUGCAUCAGUGCUUUUCAAAGGGGCUGCAUACUAUAGGGUUAACUAUGUAUAUUCAUGUUAAGAGUUAACUUGUGGUUUGGCUGUUUCCUGGAUUUUAAAACAUAUACAUGUGCAGAAAUGUAUUCAAAUGAAAGGAAGCAUACCUUUAUCAAGAUGCUAUUAAAAUUGAACAUCAACUAUAAUAUUUCAUUUGGAUUUUUUUUUCUUUUGGUUAAUGCCGAGAAACGCCUAUUUGGAUUCCUUUUAGUUGGGAGACGCUCUCUUCUGUGUAGAACAGUUGUUCCAAGAUAGCUUAGUGUUUUGUUUUCCUGUUGCAUGACAGAAUUCAAUAUUUUUUCCAGCAGUGGAGGUGCUGUUAGAGUCUAGUGUUCUAGAAGAGGCAGUGUCUAAAGCCUAAUUUUACUUUUCUAAUUCUGGUAGCUAUUGCCAGGAAUUUUUGAAAGUUUUGUUGAAGUAGUCUAAUAUUUUUUAUGUAAAGAGCAUUAAAUUUUGCUAUGUAUAAAUUUUUGUAACCUAACAGUGAAUCAAUAUUUUCUAUCAGUGCCAAGGGCUUCCUGUAGUUCUAUUCAAGUGUUACAAUAAAUAUUUGUAGAUAAUAGUCAA